CUCGCACGCAAGCCUCGUACUGCCUCCGUAUAACCUCGCGGCGGCGGCGGCGGCGGCGGCGACUGGUGAGCGCUCGUGUCAUCGGAAGCAUCAUCAACCUCCCGAUCAACCCGCGCGUUCGCCAGCGCUCGGAUCCUAGCCGGGCUGACUUCCUCGCGCGCCCGCGCACGCGCGCACAUGGCCGCGCUGCCGCUGCCCGUGACGCGCGCCGCCGCCAGUGACCAGCAGCAGCAGCAGGGUCACGGCGGUGCGGGCGCGGAGGUGUGGAGGAGGGCGGCCAAGGCGCUGCUGUUCCUGGCGGCCGUCGCGCUCCCGUGCCUCGUGCUGUACCACCGCGCCGUCGUGGCGCCCGGGGACCUGUUCGGCGCCGCCGCCAUUCCGUGGCGGCGCGCCGCCGCCGACCUGGACAGCGAGGACGGGAGUCUGGAGCGAGUCCUGACGGCGGCGGCGAUGCGGCGGCCCAGCGACACGGUGAUCCUGACGACGCUGAACUCGGCGUGGUCGGAGCCGGGGUCCGUGCUGGACGUGUUCCUGGAGAGCUUCCGGUCCGGCGAGAGCACGAGGGAGCUCCUGCAGCACCUGGUGAUCGUGUCGCUGGACACGGCGGCGCACGCGCGCUGCGGGCAGGUGCACCGCCACUGCUUCGCGCUCGUCACGGACGGCGUGGACUUCUCGGGCCAGAAGAACUUCAUGACCGACGGCUACCUCAGGAUGAUGUGGAGGAGGGUCGAUUUCCUCAGGGAAGUUCUCGAGAAAGGCUUCAGCUUCGUGUUCACGGACACGGACAUCGUGUGGUUCAGGAACCCGCUGCCGCACUUCUACCCGGACGGGGACUUCCAGAUCGCGUGCGACCACUUCACGGGCGACCCGAGCGACCUGAACAACGCGCCCAACGGCGGGUUCGCGUACGUGCGGUCCAGCGCGGAGACGGCCGAGUUCUACAGGUUCUGGUACGCGGCGCGGGAGCGCCACCCGGGGCUGCACGACCAGGACGUGCUCAACGCCAUCAAGCGCGAUCCCUACGUGGGCGAGCUCGGCGUCCGGAUCAGGUUCCUCAGCACCGAGCUCUUCGGCGGCCUCUGCGAGCCCAGCCGGAACCUGAGCAGGGUCUGCACCAUGCACGCCAACUGCUGCGUCGGCCUGCGCCGCAAGAUCGGCGACCUCAACGCCAUGCUCCAGGACUGGAGGCGGUACAGGGCGCUGCCGCGCGAGGAGAAGCGCGAGGUGUCCUGGACCGUGCCGCGCAACUGCAGUCUUUUUCACACACAGGAGGAGCGUGGUUGAUGAGGAAGCUGUUUUUUAUUUAAAUUUUUUGCAAGACUUGUCAGAACAUGGAUGUGUGAUGUGAUGUAAUGUAAACAAAACAUGUAUGGGAAGUUCAUAUGUGUUGUUUCUGUGACUUAUGCAAGUUUUGCAGGGUUUGGAAAUAGACCUAGACAAAAUGUUUGUGGUUC